GCCGUUUCGCCUGCAUCAGCGGUGAUGCAAACGCGGACACCGCACCAGCGGCACCAUGACAAGGUGGAGAAGCGACUGCUCGAAAAGUUCGGGGUAAGGGAUGUCCUCGUCGAUUCGGACGAGCACGCCAAGAUCAAUGAGAUGGUCUCGCGCGUGGCCACGUUGGCCGCGGAGGACAACCUUCGUGAAGAUGGCUUCUUCUUUGCCGACGGAGUGUAUACUGCAUCAAGAAUGUACAAAAUGACGCCAGGAAUGGUGAAUCGCUCGUUUACAGCUCAUGUGAAGCCCGUCUACAGCGUCCUUCCGUUCAGCGACGGGAUGCAUGUCGCGACAGUAGGAAUGGACAGCAUGUGCGUGUGGGCCAUGGACCAAGUCGCCCCGGUUGCCUCGCUCGGGCGAAGUGCUGUAACGAGCAAUAUGUGCAUUACAAUUGGGGCUGCCAGUGCGUCGAACGUCGCGAUCUGUGCAGGAACGGAGCCCACGAUGUGUCGUUGGGACAAGGACGCGGCAAAGAUAACACUUCAACAUCGCGGCACGUUUGGCCAUGACGACAUCAUAACGAGCUGUUGUUUCAGCCCUGACGAAUCCGUCUUUGUCACGGCAUCCAUGGACUCUACCUGCAUCUUCUGGGAUGCCAACACCAUGAAGCUCAUUGGCGUGCUCCCAGCCCACCAUGGCGGGGUGUCCUGGUGCGGGUUUGCCGGACGGUACCUAUACACAUGCAGCGCGCUGGACUACCUCAUCAAGCGAUGGGAUGUUGCUGCUUGGCUUCACGCACAGAAGUCCGACGCACUCUCCACCGGCAAUUCAGGCGACCCUUCAAACAAGGACGAUGCAAGCGAUCGGACAGCAUUAACGGGUCACUCCAGCGCAGCGCACGACGUCACCCCGACGGCAGCCCACGCGCCAACUCCCAACGAUACACGAGCGACGCCUUUCACACCGUCCAGUGCAAAGAUCGUGCCAUCCACCCUCGAAACGCCGUCACAGCUCGAGCCGUCCAAGUUACUCGACUGGACCGCCAGGCAAAAGUACAAUCGAGCGUUGGACGCGUUGUUUUCACCGGACGUGACUUUGCAAACACUCACGGUUGGGCACCACCUGCCACAGUUUUGUUUGAACGACGACUGGACGCACAAUCGUCAUCGCGAUAGCUCCGACUUUGACCUGCUCUUGCCCCCGUUGUUUCCGUUUCGAUCCCCGGACGAUGGCGCCACCGAGGGCCUCCGCGAAGCCGACGACGACCCCGUCAAGCUUGCACAGCUCGAGUCGAUCGAUAUCUUGACGCUGCUCGAUCCAUCGUCGUCCAUCAGGCACCCACUGUGCAACGAGCGUGUGACGUUCCAUGCGAAUGACAUUUUUCUUGACGAUGCCGCGGUCGUGGAGUUUCAAAAGAGGUCGGCGCAAGGGGUAUUUGUCCAGCACACCCAUACGAUCAACUGGUGCGCGGUGGGGGCGUCAUCCGCGGAUGCGAUUUCCACCGACGCUGUCGACGUCCUCGUGUCUGUUUCCUCGGACAAAUGCAUCAAGUUUUGGAACGCAGCAUGCGGCACACACAUGCACACAAUUCGCAAUGCCCACGACCGCGAUAUCCUGACGUGCGCGUUGUCCGCCCACCCAACGACUGCCUACUUGGCCACAGGGAGCAGCGACAGCUUUGUCAAGAUCUGGAACCCUUCCACGUUUGAGUGCGUCUUCACCCUGCGUGGCCACUACGACUCGGUGCUGUCGGUAUCGUUCACCCCGACGGGGCAUUGCGUGUACUCGUCCGGGCGCGACGCGCAAGUGAUCAAGUGGCAGGUCAUUCCAACGGAGCCUGACGUUCCCGCGCAACCCGUGGUGUUUCAUGUCGAUUGCCACGCAAUCACGAUCACGUGGACAGAGCCGUUGGGCAAUGGAUCACGCAUCGACAAGUACCAGAUAAAAGUGUCCAAGGACCAAGGCGCCUUCGGCGCACCGUUCGACGUGCCGGCGGAGGAGCGGAUGCACACUGUCGUGAGCCUUGACCCAGGAUGCACGUACACGUUUUGUGUAGCGGCAAUCAAUCGCAUUGGAUCCAGCGCGUUCAGCGUUCCCACCAUGCCCGUCGAGACGGUGGCUUACCGGCCGUCUACGAUCAAAAAGCCAUGCAGAGUGUCCGACGUAGGAACCCGCAGCGUCGUGUUGGAGUGGUUCGUGCCCAGUGCCAAUGGCGCGCGCAUCUCGCAUUACCACGUUCGGUGCAUUCCGGAGGAUCCGCUGCACAUCGACGCAACGGUCGACGUCACUGUAUCGGUGGAAGCCAUCGCGGCAGAGCAUCAGGCGGCCCAAGAUGCCAUCCAAGCUGACAAAGAUCGAAAGGACAAGGUGCGCGAGGCCCGUCGCCUUGCGGCCAAAACGAAGCGACGACAGACGUGCAUCGAACGCAGUGAUAAACUUCGACAGCAAAGCGAGCGGCGCGUUGAACGACUGGCCACGGGCGGUGCAUCGACCGCGGCUGUCACUGCCCACGUGGCCCCGGAGCCGUUCACCCUCAAGUACACAAUCCACUGCGUACAGCCUGGAAUGAUCUACCAAUUUCAAAUCGCCGCCGAGAAUCGAUGCGGUGUCGGCGACUACAACGUCCCGUCUUCGUAUGUCAAGACGAUAUCGUGCGCGCCGGAUGCACCCGCCGCCCCAACCAUCGGUAACGUGGCGUCGCACUCGGUCGACAUGACGUGGGUCAAACCCCGCCACAACGGCAGCGACAUCGUCCACUACACUCUUGAGUGGGCCCAAGACGGGCGAGACGUGGAGAGCACAAUCGUGCUGGCGCGGAGCCUUCCCAGCACUCUGUACACCAUCACAGCGCUGGAUGCGGGCAGGUCGAUGCGAGUGCGGCUACAAGCAUCCAACGUGAUCGACAAGAAGGUGCUCGAUUCUCCCUUUUCGCCGUGGUCCGACAUCGUGGCGACACUCCCGAGUGUGCCUGCUGCUCCGGCGAUGCCAGUGCUGACCGCAGCAACAUCUCACACACUCACCAUGACGUUCCAUGCGCCUUGCGACAACGGGCAACCUAUCCUGCGAUACUACGUCAUGGUAUUCGUCGACGACGACUCGUACGGAGUCGCGUCCCGCCGAUUCGUGGAGCAGAUUGUGUGGCCCGUGGACGCUUUGCACGGCGCGAUCGGUUUGUAUGAGAUGAACCUCGUCGGUCUCCGUGGCACCAAACGCUAUGUGGUGUCGAUUUCGGCUGAAAAUGCACUUGGAAAAGGCGACUUUAGUCCAGUGAGCCAUGCCCUCGCAACGAAACCUGCCAUUGUCCCCGACGUUGUUCCAGCCCCGAAGGUGUUGAAUGUCGAGCCGACCAAGGUCGACUUGGAAUGGACAGUCCCAUCCCACGACGGAGGCAGUCCCCUCAUAGCGUAUUCGAUUGACUACAGCACGAACGACGGGCCGUUUGAGAGCGAGUUCAAGCUGCAUCGCAUGGACACGAGGUUGACGCUCGACUUUUUGAAACCCAAGACGACGUACUCGUUUCGAGUGGCGGCGGUCAACGCUGCCGGCAUGGCGACGUACUCGACGCCGACAGCCAAGACCGUCACGCCGAGUUUGGUGGAGCACACGCUGCGCCAGUAUUUCCUACAUCGCCCCCCUGAGGAGCACAAUGCAGCCACGAGCAUCCAGAAGCAAUUUCGAUGGUGGAAAACAACGACGCAAGAGCGCGCGGCGUUUGCGAAGUUCAUGCGGCACAGUCUAGACAACUGGAACUUGUUGUAACUUUAAAAGGCCGAAGGCGCAGUUGGUCUCUCG